AUGACUGAAUACAGAGAAAUUUUUCAAUGUUUGGAAGACGAAGUAAGGAAAACUGUAGAUGAAGAAGCGGCCACUAAAUACCUCAACUUGGCUCAAGACUUCGCGACAAGGAAGAUCAGUGUGGCCCUUUUCGAGAAGAGGGCUAAAGGACUCGUGCCAAUUUCUCUCCAUUCGAAAUUCAUUUUAACAAUCGGCGAUGUAAUGGAAGUAAGUGACCCAUAUCCACGCAGUAAAUAUUAGAGUUAAGAAACGAACACUCGCAUGAGCUUAUUGUAAACAUAUGUUUCUUUGCAGAUUUCCUUCAAACUCGACGGCAAACCCAAAAGAAAGCGCAAGAAAUCUGACACAGAAGAUCUGUUUGACGUCAUCUACUAUCAUUUCAUUACCAAAGGCUUGUGCGACAAGAAAUACGAAAAAGCAGAGGCUCAAGAGGUCGUGUCAACCAUCGUUACCUACACGAAGCUAGUGGAUUCUGAAGUCAAGACAAACAGUUUGGGGUUUCAGUAUUUGGAUCCAAUCAAGUAAGUCAGCAACUUAUAUUGUUGUAGCUUUUUCUAGUAAAACAAUGAUAUGAUAGUUGGAGAUAAUGAGAGCAAAAAAUAUUUUCAGAGUAAAAAAAGAAAUCUCUGAACAAGAUACAGUAACCGCAGUUCGAAAAUUCAACUGGUUGUUACCUUCAAAUGAAGCUCAAGACUUUGCAAACAUUUUCGCAUAG